ACUAGCUGAGGCGAGCGGCGGCGCGCGGGCGGUUGGUCCUGCUAAGGCUUCAAUUUCACUGUGUUGGGAUCAGCGCCCUCGGACGCUUGGGGCCCAAAGGAGAUAUGGCUGGGACACCCGGGCCAGGCAGCAGGAGGCGGAGCGGGCCCCUGGCACCUCGCCCUGGCCCACCGCCCGGCACCGGAUACCCUCCGAGCAAGCGAGCUCGGGGCUUCCCGGUGGCCGCCUCCCCGGAUCCCGAAGACCCCUUCGGUGCGCAGGGGGAAUUCACCGCCGAUGACCUGGAGGAGCUCGACAUCCUCGCGUCACAGGCCCUGAGCCAAUGCCCGGCCGCCGUUCUGGAAGUAUCCAGUGUUCAUAAGGUCCGCAGAUUAGAUGGAAUGUCAAAAAAUCCUUCAGGGAAAAACAGAGAAAGUGCUCCAGUUAAAGAUAAUUUUGAAUUAGAAGUUCUUCAGACACAAUACAAAGAACUUAAAGCAAAGCUGAAGGCAAUGGAAGAAGAAGUCCUCAUUAAAAAUGGGGAAAUUAAAAUUUUGCGGGACUCACUGCAUCAAACGGAAUUCAUUCUAGAAGAACAGAGAAGAUCACAUUUCAUUCUUGAGCAAGAGAAAACCCAAGCACUCAGUGACAAAGAAAAGGAGUUCUCCAAAAAGCUCCAAUCAUUGCAGUCUGAACUCCAGUUUAAAGAUGCAGAAAUGAAUGAAUUAAGGACAAGGCUUCAGAGCAGUGAACGAGCAAAUAAACUUUCUGUUUCUUCUGUUUCCCAUGCCAGUCCUAGGAAAAGCCCUUCUGUGGUUAUAAAGCCAGAAGCAUAUUCUCCACAGUUUGGAAAAACAUCUUUCCCUACAAAGGAGUCUUUUAAUGCUAACAUGUCCCUUCCCCACCCUUGCCAGACAGAGCCAGGAUACAAGUCUCUUGUGGGCAGAGAGGUUUCAGAUAAUAAGACCCACAGCCUGAGAGGUAAUCCCAAAAUGCAAGAAGAGGUACAGAAAAGUUUUGCUGAUAACUGGAUGCAAAAGUCAAAGACUCAAGGUUCCAUUUUGAUAAAUCUGCUCCUGAAGCAGCCUUUGAUCCCAGGGUCAUCCCUAAGUCUUUGUCACCUCCUAAGCAGUUGUUCUGAAACUCCUACUAGCACCCUCUUGCAGCCACCAGGGUUUGGCAGUACCUUGACUGGGAUUUCAGGCCUCAGAGCUACAAAUUCUCGAAGUGGAUCGUUUUGCCCCUUGGCCCUGAGAGAAGCACAGAAUCUGGCAUUCACAGGACUGAAUCUGAUUGCCAGGAAUCAAGGCUUAUGUGAUGGAGACAAAGAAGGAGAUAAAAUGGCCUUCCCACUCUGCCAGCUUCCUGGAGCCGUGCACCUUCUCCCCCUUAUCCAGUUCUUCAUUGGCUUGUAUUGCCAGGCUCUGCAGGAUUUGGCAGCUGCUAAGAGGAGUGGAGCACCUGGGGACUCUCCAACACAUACCUCCUGCUUGAGCUCUGGGGUAGAGGCCAACCCUGAUGACUCAGUUAGCAACUUGGAAGGUUUCUCUGCAGCUUCACUUAGCAUUCUUCAGCACCUGGUAUGCCACAGCAGAGCAGUUGUCUGCCUCUUACUAUCAGGAGUUGAGGCAGACUCUGCUGCUUGGGAAGGAAAUGAGAGCCUGGUUCACAGACAGAGUUGUGGAGAUACAAUCUCAGUCCCCAAGGAAGUUGCGGACGACCAAGGACUGCAUCCACUAUUGAAGAUGCUACUUCACUUAUUGGCUUUCUCUUCUGCAGCAACAGGUCACUUUCACAUCAGUGUCCCGAGCCAGUGCCUCAAAGUUUUGGUGAAAUUAGCUGAAAACGCUUCCUCUGAUUUGUUGCCCAGGUUCCAGUGUGUGUUGCCAGUGCUGCCACGGUGCCUCAGCCCAGAGACACCCCUGCCUUGUGUGCUGCUGGCUGUCCAGCUGCUCUCCCUCCUAGUGGACCAUGAUAGCCUUGCACCUCAACUCUGUUCCCACUCUGGUAAAGAAAGCUGCCUCCUCCUGCUGCUGUACAUGUACAUCACAUCAAGGCCUGAUAAGGUGGCUUCAGAGACACAGUGGCUUCAGCUGGAACAAGAGGCAGUGUGGCUCCUGGCCAAACUGGGUGUGUAUAGCCCUCCCCCCACAGUCACUGGCUCUGACUGUCAAUGCAAUGUAGAGGUGGUUAGAGUUCUCACAGUGAUGCUGCACAGACAGUGGCUGACCGUGCAAAGGGCAGGGGGGCUCCCAAAGACUGACCAGCAGAAGCGGACAGUGCGGUGUCUGCGAGACACAGUGUUGCUCCUGCACAGUCUGUCCCAGAAGGACAAGCUCUUUACUGUGCACUGUGUGGAAGUCCUGCAUCAGUAUGACCAGGUUAUGCCAGGGGUCAGCAUGCUGAUUCGAGGGCUUCCUGACGUGACCGACUGUGAAGAGGCAGCCCUGGAUGACCUCUGUGCCACGGAGACAGACAUGGAGGACCCUGAAAUGGACUGUGGCUGAGGCCCUGAGCAUCCUGCCACAAGGGGGCACCAGCACUGCUGCUUUCCUCACACACCACAUCCUCUGAUUAAAAGCAAUGACCGGCAGUUGCCGAGAAUGUGAGAA